UUUAUCUCGCUCUCGCAUCUCCUCUCUCUUUUUAAAGUGACGUGCGUGGAGUCCAAGCUGGAUUUCCUCACAAUCUUCCAGUUUUCUGAAAUAUUUUCAUGAAUUUACCAACCAUACCCAGUACGAAGUCAAGAUUAUUGAGUGUUAUUCAUACCCGAAGGUAAAUUAACAAGUAUUCGUCAAGAUGAGUCGUUUCUUCGCGACUGGUACGGACUCCGAGUCCGAGAGCUCGAGCGAGGAGGAGCAGGUUGUGCGCGCGCCAGCCCCCGUCUACACGUUCAGUGAUGAUGAGGAAGAGACAAAGCGCGUGGUGCGCUCCAUGAAGGAGAAGCGGUAUGAGGAGCUAGAAGGCAUCAUCCACACUCUGCGCAACCACAAGAAGAUCAAAGACUUCUCCUCAGCACUCGGCUCCUUUGAGGAACUCCAGAGGGCAUACACCCGCGCAUCCACUGUCAUCGCUAAGGAAGAGAAUGGAGUUUCACCGAGAUUCUUCAUCAGGGCUCUGGUGGAGCUCUCUGAUUGGGUGGAGAGUGCCUGGUCCGACCGGGACAGCAGGAAGGCCAUGUCUAAAGGGAACAGCAAGGCUCUCACCUCCUUGAGGCAGAAACUGAGGAAGUUCUCUAAGGACUUUGAGGCUGACAUUGCCAAGUUCAAGGAGAACCCUGAUCUACCUGAUGAUGACAAUGAGAAGAAAGAAUCGUCAUCUUCCGACGACUCCGACGAUGAGGACAAGAAAGAAAAGGAGAAGGUGAAGGUCCGGCGCUCCCCGGAGCCGCCGCGCCGCCCGCCGCCCGCCGACGACGAGUCCUCGGACUCCAUGGACUGGGGCUCCAGCUCGUCCGGCUCCAGCUCCGAGUCAGAGGAUGAAGGGAAGGGUGCCACCAACCUGAGGGAGCGGUUCUUGAAGAGAACUACGGAGGGAGUUGAGGAUGAGGACAGGGACAAGCGUCGCGCCCGUCGCGAGAAGCGAGUCCGCGGCGACAAGACCAGCAAGCGCGAGCCGGCCGACGACGGCGGCGAGUGGGAGACCGUGCGCAAGGGCGCCGCCACUUCGGACAAGCCCAAGAUGUUCGCUAAGGACUCUGAAAUCGACGCGGCGCUCGUGGUGAAGAAGCUCGGCGAGAUCAGCGCGGCGCGAGGCCGCAAGCGCACGGACCGACGCGCACAGCUCGAGCUGCUUCACGAGCUGCGCACCGUGGCCGCCGCACACGACCUCGGCGAUGCCUUGCAGCUGAAACUACGCGCUGCGACAGUAGCAGCACUCUUCGACUACAACCCUAAAGUCUCCGACGCGAUGAAGCCGGAGUACUGGUCGAAGCUAGUUGAAAACGUAGACCAGAUGGUCACCCUACUGCUGGCUCACGAAGACAUGGUGUUGAGCGAAAGUAUUACUGAGGAGAACGAGCAGCUAGUCGCGCCCCCGUACCAUGUCAGGGGGUGUCUGUUGACUGCUUUAGAGCGUCUGGAUGACGAGUUUACGAAGCUGCUGAAGGAGUGCGACCCUCACUCCAAUGAGUAUGUGGAGCGUUUGAAGGAUGAGGUGCGAGUGUCGGCGCUUAUUGAUCGCGUGUGCCAAGUAGUGGAGCGAGACGGCAGCCCACAGGAAGUAUGCCGUGCGUACCUGAGGAAGAUCGAUCAUCUCUACUACAAGUUCGACCCCCGCGCCGUCAAGAAAGACGCUCCGGCUGGAGAAGACAACUCCAUCAAGAAGAUGGAGAAGCUCUGCAAGUACAUCUACGGCAACGACGAGUCCGACCGUCUGCGUACCCGCGCUAUUCUCUGCCACAUUUACCACCACGCGCUGCACGACAACUGGUUCCAAGCGCGUGACUUGCUCCUCAUGUCUCAUCUGCAAGAGACGGUCCAGCACUCUGACCCCAGCACUCAGAUCCUGUACAACCGCACGAUGGCUAAUCUUGGUCUGUGCGCCUUCCGCCGCGGCAACGUCAAGGAGGCUCACGGUUGUCUGGCCGAGCUGAUGAUGACGGGCAAGCCCAAGGAGCUGCUGGCCCAAGGUCUGCUGCCGCAGAGACAGCACGAGCGCUCCAAGGAGCAGGAGAAGAUCGAGAAGCAGCGCCAGAUGCCGUUCCACAUGCACAUUAACCUAGAGCUGUUGGAGUGCGUGUACUUAGUGUCCGCUAUGUUGAUUGAGAUCCCGUACAUGGCAGCGCACGAGUUCGACGCCCGUCGCCGCAUGAUCAGCAAGACGUUCUACCAGAACCUGCGAGCCAGCGAGAGACAAGCCCUGGUGGGGCCCCCGGAGUCCAUGAGGGAACACGCCGUGGCCGCCGCCCGGGCCAUGAGGCGGGGCGACUGGCGCGCGUGCUUGAACUUCAUUGUUAAUGAGAAGAUGAACGCUAAGGUCUGGGACUUGAUGGUUGGAGCUGACAACGUGCGCGCGAUGCUGGGCCGACUCAUCCGCGAGGAGUCGGUCCGCACCUACCUCUUCACCUACGCUCACGUCUACGCUUCACUCUCCCUUAAGUCCCUAGCCGACAUGUUCGAGCUGCCGCGCCAGAGGGUCCACUCGCUGGUGUCUAAGAUGAUCAUUAAUGAGGAACUGCUCGCGUCGCUGGAUGAUCCGAGCGAGUGCGCGAUAUUGCACCGCUCUGAGCCGAGCAGGAUGCAGGCUUUGGCGCUGCAGCUGGCUGAUAAGGUCGGCAACGUGGUAGACUCGAACGAGCGUAUCUUCGAGAAGCAGGGCUCGUUCUUCCAGCGCGGCGGCGCGGGGCGCGGCGGGGAGGGCCGGCAGCGCGGCGACCGGCAGAACCGCGAGGGCGGCGGCUGGAACCGGCGCCAGCGCAACAACCGGCGCCGAGACGACGAGCGCACUCACGACGACUGAAAACAACUCUACAUUCACUAAGCAGAAACUUCCGCCAGUCACCGCUAGAUGGCGCUGUUACUGUAAUUCGCAGAGAACAUCAUUUAGACGCCACGGAUUUUUCGCUUAGAUGGAAUGUUUUACAUAUUUGUAUUUUUUUUGUCUCCAUUAUUAUAGAUACUUUUACAUGGCAUAUAUAAAUAUCAACAAUAUUCCAGGCUUAUUGUAUUGUAUUACAGUGUAUUAAAAAUAAAAGUUGUCACAAGAA